GUUAGUGAUGUACUCGAUCUUGCUCUGAAUUUAUUUAUUAAGUUCCACAAAUCUCCUUCUUGCUUAUUAUUUUUAUUGAUUUUAUUACAAACAUUUAUCCGUUAAAUUUUCGAAAGUGUGUUACAAUCAAUGGAGCUCAUUCACUAAUUUCUAAACUGUAUUAACCAUUCCAAGUUACUCUAACUCAAAACCUCUUUUCAAUCAAUUCUUUUAUACUAAUAUUCACUGACUUAUAUCGCGAAUGGAGGACGAUAGUCUGGAUAGAGCUUUACAAUAUGCUAUAUUAGCAUUACUUGAUGUAAAACCAAAAGACCCUAUUAAAUUUUUAGCAACUCAUUUUCAAAUGGAAUGUGAAACCAAUUUGGUUGCUAAAGCUGUAUAUUUGCUGCAGGAUAUGACUAUAUAUCACCCUGCUUUAGAAGAACGUUUAUUAAAAGCGUAUGGUACUAUAUGCCAGUACAGUGAAGAAGAAGGUCUCACUGGUGACAUAUACACUGAUCUUUUAGUAAAAUUAAUUGCCGAUUCACCUGCAUACCAGAAAGAUAAUUUUCUUCAGCAUUUACAAUGUCAAAGUACUGAAUAUGUUUCUUUCGACGUAUUUCGCUCUGGAGUAUUAACUUCAAUUUUGUUCAAUCAGUUCGUGUUGGAAGUUAAAUUACUAUUUACUAAACUUUGUAUUGAAAACCAUGAUUCAGCUCCAGCAUUUUUAUGCAAAAAAGCCUUGAGAAAAAUGAGUAAAUGCCUUACUGAAGCUGCUAAAAGAUCUAUUAGUAGUGUAGAAGGGCCUUGCACUCUGGGAAUUGCUGAAUUAAGUUCUCCUAUUCGUAAGAACUUAACAAAAAAUUUGCCUACAGCAGAUUAUGUAAAAAUAAAUACAUUCUUAUCUGAGUCAGUUGAAAUAUUUUUGAGAGAAGUUCCUAAAAUUAAACUCUAACAGUGUUCUCAUUAUUUGUUAUUCGUUAGAAAUUUAAGAUAAAAUGAUACAAUUUAUACUCUGUAUUUUCCUUAUUUUAUGAUAUUAUUUCUCCUUUUUUAAGAAUAUUGAUAAAAAUGAGAUGAUAAUAACUUUUAGGAAAUUAAUUUUAUAUUUUAUUUUUCUCGCAAACAUUGCAGAAUU